UAGGGCUGGAGAAGACAUGGGUGGCUUUUACACUGGAUUUGGGCUACUUCUCAUAUGGGGGAUUUUCCAACCUACCACAUUGGCUGCCACUGAUGAAGAGUGCCCCGUUCCACAGAAAAUCAAGUUUGCGAAAUAUACUGCUCCUGAAGGGUAUGUCGUGGGCACACCUGCCCGUUACAGUUGUCAUAAAGGGUACCAGAGAAAACCAAGGAAAAGCAAUCUUCUGACAUGCAGGAACGUGGGCGGUACAGCUAAGUGGAACAGAACUUCUUCGCUCCCGAUUUGUGUAGCUGACCCGCGGCAGACUCUUCCUCCUACAGUACAUUCUACAGCAGGAAACUUGAGCAUAGCUUCCACCAGCCCCCAACCUACAAAUCAGGCAGGCUUCUGCGGAGAACCAGAACCCCUCAGCAAUGCCGACGUUAAAGUGACAAUGUACCACGUGGGGCAGAAACUGCGCUAUGAAUGCCUGGAAGGCUAUCGAGGAACCGUCCCCUUCUCUGAAGUCAGCACCUGUGAGGCUUCUGGUGGAAAAAACGUUUGGUCUAAGUUAAAUCUCCGUUGUAGCACACAACAGGGACACAACAGGGACACACCACGGGGUUCUGGUGCAGCUGCUCUCAGCCUUGCUGCAAUGGCCAAGUUCAUCAUCUUAGAAGGAAUCCUCGCAGGAACUGUGGGAUUCUAUUCUUGCUGCUUGUGAUAAGCAUUUUUCUACAGUUUAUGCCUGGACUAAUUUUCCAUCUGGAUUUUCCUGGAUUGUAUAUCCUGGCAGCCCAACUGGUCUCUAGUAAUGUGAAACUAAAACCACGGACGUUUAUGCCUCCCGGAAUUUCACUUUGGGUAGUUGGUCUUCUUCUAAAGGACUGUGUAGUUAGGACAGCAUUGCUAAUGUAGUAAACUUUUGACUAGAGACAUUCUGGGCUUUAGGUGCCCCAACACAUUAACAGCAUUUAAAAGGUAAAGGUAAAGGUACCCCUGCCCGUACGGGCCAGUCUUG